AUGGCGCCGCUCUCGCGGCGCGACGUCUACAUCCUGUCGCGCGCCGCCGACCGCGUGUGGUGGAGCUGGAACUACUUCGGGACUAGGAGGACUCUGCUGACAGGGAUUGCGAUGAUGGCGUUCCGCUCCCGACGACAGUGCGUCCCCUGCAACGCGUGUGCAAUGGACGCCGUGCAGCAGAAGACGGACGAGCAAUUCACGCUGCUCCAGCGCGGCCGAGAGCAGCUUCGCGCACGAGCCACGCAGCUGCAGCAGGACGUGGCGGGCCUGCAGAGGAGAAAGGACGCCCUGCGGCAGGCCAACGGCGGCGAGGGCGUCAACCCCCAGAGCACGGCCCGCCUGAAGCUCAACGUUGGCGGCACCCGCCUGCUCACCACGCGCGCCAUCCUGACGCAGUUCCCAAACACGCGGCUCGCCGCGCUCUUCAACGGCUGCUACGAGAACAAGCUCACGCACGACCAGAAGAAGCGGAUCUUCCUCGACGUCGACCCCGGCUUGUUCAACGAGAUCAACCAGUGGCUCAUCGCGUGCCGAAACGCGUCCGCCCCGGGCGAGCCACUGCCGGAGCUGCCCGAGGUGGACCCGGAGGAUAAGGAGGCAUUCCAGCGUCUGCUACAGUUUUUUGGCAUCGCCGACAUCGUCUCGCCGCCUUCGGCUGGGCUGGACAGCAACAUCCUGACCGACGAGGCGCACGUAGAGCAGAUGUCCGAGUGGGUCGAGAUGCAGGGCUCUCAGCUGCUAUACCGCGCCUCCCGCGAUGGCUGGGGAGCCGCCGAUUUCCACGCCAGUUGCGACAACCAGGGUCCCACCGUGACCAUCGUCCGCACCGUCAACGGCAACCUCUUCGGAGGCUUCGCCGACCAGCCAUGGCACUCGAAUGGGAGCUGGAUCCACUCAAACGCCGCCUUCCUCUUCACGCUCGUCAACCCGGCGGGCGUGGCGCCGACCAAGCUGCCACUCACCGGCGAGUCCAAUCAGCACGCGAUGUAUGGCGAUCCCGAGUAUGGGCCAACGUUCGGCGCCGGUGAAGACCUUUGCAUCUUCGACUGCCCGAACUCAAACGACAGCAGCACUAGCAUCGGCCACAGCUACACCAUCCCUCCAGGCCAGAACGGCCGGACCAUCUUGGCGGGGAGCAGCAACUUCAGGGUGAGCGAGCUGGAGGUCUUUUCGUGCAGCGGCAUUGCGCAAUCAUCCUCUCUGUCGCGGCCCUCCGCCGCGUCGGCGGCCGAGGCGUGGGAGACUGACAGCUUUGAGGCGCUCGUGGGCACAGAAGGCACCAUCGCCAAGACGCUCAAGGCCGAACGCAAGGCCCUCAGGCGGUGCAUCCAGGAGCACGAGCAGAACCUGGCGCUCUUCGCCCUCGAGUCGGACUUCGUAAAAUUCUUCGAGUUGGAGCCGGAGGACAUCGUCACGUUGAACCUCGGCAUCGGCGACAAGAUCUGCACGAAGCGCUCCACCCUGAUGCAGUGCGCGGACUCGAUGCUCGCGCAAAAGUUUGACAAGGAGAAGUGGGCGCAGCCAGAGGCUGGCGUCAGCGACGACAGCGAAGACGAGGGCGAGCUGAUCCAGCAGGACGCCUACUGCUUCAAGAAGAUGAUCAACCAGCUGCGCCUUGUUGCGAUCGCACGCGAGGAUGACCCACCGCCCCCGCCGAUGGUAAAGGCGACCAAGCGUGGUCAGUUCGAGAAGCUGCUGACCUUCUACUUUCCUGAGCGUGAGGACUUCAUCGGCGCAGGCUUCGGCUCGGCCAUCCUGCAGCCGCGGCACUGGGCGCAGGUGGAAAAGUGGCUCGACGAAGCUGAUCAGAGAGGACGGAUGCAGCUGCUGUACCGCGCCUCCCGCGAUGGCUGGGGAGCCGCCAAUUUCCACGCCAGUUGCGACAACCAGGGUCCCACCGUGACCAUCGUCCGCACCGCCAACGGUAACCUCUUCGGAGGCUUCGCCGACCAGCCAUGGCACUCGAAUGGGAGCUGGAUCCACUCAAACGCCGCCUUCCUCUUCACGCUCGUCAACCCGGCGGGCGUGGCGCCGACCAAGCUGCCACUCACCGGCCGGUCCAAUCAGCACGCGAUGUGUGGCGAUCCCCGAAACGGGCCAACGUUCGGCCGCAGAAACGACCUUUGCAUCUCCGACUGCCCGAACUCAAACGACAGCAGCACUAGCAUCGGCCACAGCUACACCAUCCCUCCAGGCCAGAACGGCCAGACCAUCUUGGCGGGGAGCAGCAACUUCAGGGUGAGCGAGCUGGAGGUCUUUUCGUGCAGCGCGUAG